ACCUGGUGCGACGAGAGGCCGAGAUGAGCUAGCCGUAUACAGAGGGCUUUGAGCAUUAGGCCUUCACGGCCGACACCGUAGAGGAACACCCGUCCUUCCGGGCGGCGCGUGAGGUCGCUUGAUGAAAUAAGGAAUCAAACGACAUACCCUAUGGCCAAAUUGGCGGGGGCAAUAUCGGUAUUGGGAGAAGAGAACGUUGCUUUGCAAUUGCGGCAUCGGGAGAAAUCGAGACAGAGCGUCCUCUAGAAGGGUAGUUCUAUAAUUCUUGGACGGAAAAACAGAGCUCCGGUAAUUUUCAGGCGGUGAGAGCUCGUAUUUGCUGCACUGGAAGGGGAAGGCCGUACACUAGCGGCAGUUCUUUCAGUAAUCCUUUCAUUCCAAGAAAUAAAUUGGCCAAAGGAGGUUUGAAGUUAUGAAGUUUGACCCCAAGAGUUAAGAGAAACUAAUAUCCGAGCAAACUGAAAAGAUACAAUGUUCUCUUUAUUUUAUGGCCUCUGGAAGUACAUAUUUAGUAAGACAGAGUUUCAUGUUCUCAUCCUAGGAAUUGACAAGGCGGGGAAAACAACUUUGCUUGAGAAGUUGAAGUCCUUAUUCUCGAACUUAGAAGGUCUCUCCCCCGAUCGGAUUGUGCCAACCGUUGGACUCAAUAUUGGGCGGCUUGAGGUGUUGAAUGCAAAACUUGUCUUCUGGGAUCUUGGAGGUCAGCCUGGCCUUCGGUCUAUUUGGGAAAAAUAUUAUGAAGAGGCACAUGCUGUGAUCUAUGUAAUUGAUGCUGCUUGUCCAUCGAAAUUUGAAGAUUCCAAAUCUGCAAUGGAGAAAGUUCUUCGACACGAGGAUUUGCAAGGAGCUCCACUUUUGGUUUUCGCAAACAAGCAGGAUCUUCCUGAAGCUGUAUCAGCGGAAGAGCUUUCUCGUUAUCUUGAUCUUAAAAAAUUGGAUGAAAGAGUCUGCAUGUUUGAAGCUGUUUCUGGCUAUGAUGGGAUGGGGAUAAAGGAAAGUGUUGAAUGGUUGGUGGAUAUAAUGGAAAGAAGUAAGAGAACCGAAAUAUUGAGAGCUCGAGCAGGUGGGGCUGGUCUCGAUUCUGCUUAGGUGUUAGAGGCCCCUAAUUCGUUUUACACCCUCCUGUCUGAGAGCGUCAGCACAAUCUGGCUUCCUGUUAUCUAGCUUUACUGCAAAAUGAAACAUAAUCUUGAUUCAAGAGCUAGUUGGUAGCUUUAGAAUUCCCACUGAAACUGUGAGUGUUUUCAUAGGCAUUCUUGGUUGAUGACCAUAUUUCAUACAAGUGGUCUGAAUUUUGUCAUCAUUAAGUCUUAUAAAGUUGUUACAUUUCGAA